ACGUAAUUACUUUAAUACGGAAGUUUACGGGAAAAUGCUAAUACGAGAGCACGCCGAGACAUAAUGGUAAAAUACGGUAGUUUCCCGGCCAAAACGGGAGACUUGACAGGUAUGAGUUGAACAGUAGCACCAAUACUCGAAUGCACCACAAAACGUAGUGCGGAAGUCACACGUUUUCAGCUGACGUAGUACGGAAGUAAACAAUCCUCGGCAUACGUGGAGUGAGGUUCUUGUCAGUUCAACGCCUGAAAUUCAUUGUUUAAUAGAACAGUAGCUCAUUUAGUCACUGCUGUGGUUUCCAUAAGUUCAGAGAACUCUACUUGCUUUGAGUGAACGUGGUGUUGGCUAUAAAAUCGAUUGCAAAAUAGAUGGCGUCGGCUGAGGAGGCCAGUAGGCCGUUUGCUGGGCUGUCAGACGUCUCCAUAUCGGAAGAGAUACCAGUGGAAGGAGAUAUUGCCGUCCCCGUCGGCCCAUCCACAAGAGACGAUGAGUUUUCCACACUUGACGAGCCGGUGAAGGAAACUAUUGUGCGUGACCUCCGAGCCGUGGGGAACAAGUUCAUUCACGUGCUGUAUCCAAAGCGGAGCUCGGCUCUGCUGCGUGACUGGGACCUGUGGGGUCCGCUGCUGCUCUGCGUCACGUUGGCUCUGCUACUUCAAGGCGGCGCGGCCGACAGCGAUGACCAGGGAGGACCGCAGUUUGCCGAGGUCUUUGUCAUCAUUUGGUUCGGCUCUAUUGUCAUCACUCUUAACUCCAAGCUCCUGGGUGGCACAAUCUCUUUCUUCCAGAGCCUGUGUGUUCUGGGAUACUGCAUCAUGCCUCUGACAGUGGCCCUCAUAGUGUGUCGGAUUGUCCUGCUCAGUGGUUCAGGGAAGGUGAGCUUUGCUGUUCGACUGGGAGUGGUGACCGCAUCUUUUGGCUGGUCUACCUUUGCUUCUACGGCCUUCCUUGCUGACAGCCACCUCACCAACCGCAAGGCACUUGUGGUAUAUCCAGUGUUUCUCUUCUAUUUUGUGAUUGGGUGGAUGAUAUUGACAUUUUCACCAGGAAACUGACAAGACUAUUUUUGCUAUGUUGGGAAGAGAAACCUGAAUUUCCAUAUUUAAACUUGGGUGACUACUGAGAUAUUUCAAACUUCCUAUUCCAAACUUCUUCUAGAAAAAGUUAAAACAGCUUCAGCUAGAGAGAAGUUCAUGGAUGUUUUUUUCUUAUUUCUGUUUGCUGUCAAGCAUUACAUUUUCCCCUUCUGUUUUGUAAUUAGAGGGAUAAAGAAUGUUUCCCAGUAUCAGCAGUCCACUUGACACAAGAAGUUGUUUUUAUGACUGUUCAACAUUAUCAUUAAAAUACAUUGAUAAGUUUGGAUGAAAUGA